AUGGACGCUUGGCCUGGUUUUGGUGAACAUGCAAGCACAGCAAACCCGGCACCAAAUGGAAAGACCAAGGCUUCGGACAAGAAGGUAGAGGAGCCUUGGACAUUCCCCGUUGUGGACUAUGGUACUCUUGGAGCAGGUAUAUUGCACCGGAAUGCAGGCCGCUAUGGGUGGACUUUUGCUGUGCAACAACCAUCAGGUUACAAGCUUGUCCCUGCUCGGGCCCCCCGGGAAGUCUUCCCUCCGACGUUAACCAAACGCCAACAUGUCCCUGUGCAAGGAACUGCUCUUCAACGAGUAGAACAAGGCGCCCAUUUCUUGCGCACACAUUAUCCAGACGUUGACGUACCCGCUGAACUCAUACAAGAACACAUCACAGCGGAAGAGAAGGAAGCCGCGUCUCGCAAAAAGAAUGACAUUUCUGCUGGGAACCUAGUUGAUCUCCUGUCCACCCGUCUAUACAACAAGCACCGAACCUAUGCGGCAUUCCCAAUGGGCGAAACCGGAUGUCAACUCAACGUGUCGCUGGUCACGACAGAGCAUCAGCAGGUCGUGUUGAAGCCUGCGACCGCACCCGCCUAUUCAUUCGACACACCUAUCCGCCAUAUCACAGCUUCGCCUGUGCUCUAUCGACACGGUUAUGCAGACAGCGCAAUGAUAGGCGUUCGGACUGUAGGCUCCACCACUUUCUUGCAAGCGAAGAUGGGUCGUGGUAGACACCAGACACUGCAAGUCACACCCCUCACCACUGUCCAGCGCAGCGAAUUAGGAGAUAGGCACGCCGUAGAUGUUUGUGUUCCGUGUUCCGGGGAAGCAACUGGCUAUGUUGUCAACAAUGCCGGUCACGUCUAUCGUUGUGCUGCAGACGUCACGGAACAAGUGUAUGCCACACAACACCCGGAGUCUCACUUGUAUCGCAUCAGCACACUAGUGGACACUGAAGAGCUUUUCUACACUUCGGAUAAGAGUGCCGAUAUACUCGACUUGCGUGCCGGGAAGCAAGCUUAUCAGAUUUACAACGUGCCUCAGGACGGCGUUUCGCUGGUUUCUGCGGACACAGGUAAUGAGGAUAAAGUGAUACGGCUUGUUUCCACGCAAGAGAUUCUAUGGCUGGAUGCGAGAAACAUACGCAAGCCGCUCUUAGCAAUUAAGCAUGGACGCGAAUAUGAUCAAACACUUCAGGCGCAUACCUAUGUACUCACAAAUGCGUCUCUCACGUUUCUCACUUCCCGACGCAACUCCCUCGUCACAGUGUAUGACGUCACUCGUGAACAGAACCUGGUGCAUUCCUCCGGCUAUCCAUAUGCGCUACCGUCAGCUGCUGCUGCAGAUGGUCCCCACCUUGGCCAUACCUUCUUUCAGGAUCCCUCCCUGGCAGGAAGUAAGCAAAUCAGUCUGUUCCAACUCUCAGCAGGGGGCGGCCUAUCGGUGUUUGAUCUGGAUCAUCUGUCCCGAGACGACUAUUACGAGCCUUAUCUCGUAGAAACGCCAGAGGAAUGGCCUCCACACGUGGAGUCGCUGGCUCAGACCGCAAAACCGAACGAUUCAGGACCGCUUGCUGGAAGAGUUUACAGCAUUGCGGAUAUGUCUCAUGCCUAUCAACGAUUAUAUUCUCAAGGAACGACAAAUAAGACAGUCAAGCCUGAUGUUGUCGCAGAUCUGUUAGAUCGAAUGCCUAGCUUCUGGCAACGUGUAGACGAUACAUCCGAGCACGUACUCACAACGUUCGAUAUCGCCAUGCGCUCAGGGUCAGAGCCGGAGAGUGCUUCUAGAAAUGACUGGCUCACAGGUAGCGAACUCAACUCCGCGGCUGGCGAUAUCGCUCUGGGUCAAGGGCGAAUCCCUCGCCAAGGACUCGUUGGUGCUGCGCCAUGGCACCUUGACUUAUCUUCUCAUGUCCGCCGGCACGUUCCCGACUUUCAUCCCGAUCCCGGGCAGAUGCUCGACAGCCUCUCCCAGUAUGACUUCACAGAAGCAGAGUCCUUGCCCAAUAUUUCGCGUCAUCAGAAUCAAGCUCGCUCUCGCCUUGCGCUCGAUCUCACCUUGGCUUCGGAUGCAUAUCUAUCGAGGAAACCGAAGCCCGAAACCUCCGACGAUCUCGACGAUGAUAUGCUCAGCAUAUCCCUCUCAACCCGGGCCAUGACAUUGGGCGACAUUGAGCCUCGGCAGGUAGGGUUCUCGUUCCUUCGCCCCAUCCCGAAGUCCAUCAUCCCCGGCAACAAGGCGGCGAAUCUGGCAACCGAGCUCGAAGUGCCGCUAGGCGUGCGCCUGCUGCUGCAAGAGUGGGAACUCGGAAGCAAUCCUCAGGAGUACGUCUAUCAAGACCCGUACGACGAUACACCAGCGGCCACCGUCGCAGCAGCCUUGGUCCUGCCCGCGGCGACGCGCCCCCCACCCAUCGUAGCCACCAGCCAGCCCAGUCGCAUCCGUGCCCCGCUAGUCGUGUCGAGGUCGCACGAGACUGUUCCGAAGAGACCUGCCAGCAACAGUCAACCCACCGCGGCUUGGCGCGCGCCGCCGUCGUCGCAGGAGCCAUUCGCGAGCACGCAAGUCCUACCCGGUCCCCACGGUGGGAAGGCGCCACCCGUAAAGAAGAAGCCAACGAAGAAGAUGGGCGGCGCGAGGUCGACGUCCAGCGCCCGCCGGCGGAAAAGGUCCGCUGACCCUCUACACGGUCUCUUCCGUGGCGCACCACUGAUACGUGCUUGCAACAGGCCUCUAAACUAUUUGACUGGCUCGACUGCCCUCAAUGAGACUCUCAAAAACUACAAGGCGGUGGUCUGUGCCCUCUCGGCGAGCUAUAUCUCGACAUUCGCAGGCUACCCGCUGGACUCCAUCAAGUCGCGUCUCCAGACCAAUAAGCAGCGCGUAUCCAUACCUCGCCUCGCCCUAACUGUCUACCAGGAAGAGGGUAUCGUCGGGUUUUAUCGAGGGCUAUGGAUUCCGUUGAUGACUAUCUCGUUCGUUCGUGCGGCCUCAUUCACUAUCUACUCGCGAACGAAGGAGUAUUUUCGUGAUCGCCACUGGCUCGCGCGGGAUCGCAUCUUCGACGUAUCUGCGGUAGGGGGGGUCAGUGGGGCCCUCUCAGGGUCCCUCAUCUCGUUUGGGAGCGCACCGUUUGAAUUAGUGAAGGUUCGGCGACAGCUCGAGUACUCGAUAGCCGCUGCCAAAGGUGUGCGCCUGGCGAAGGCGCCGUCAACGAUGGAAGCCGUUCGUGACAUCUUCCGCACGAGUGGUCUCAUGGGGUUGUACACUGGUUUCCGGUUACAUUUCAUCCGAGAUACUACGGGGACGGCGUUGUACUUCUUUGAGUACGACGGGUUUCGGUAUAUCAUGGGUCGAGAUGCGAACGGCGAGCAGCGUUCUACUCCACAAUGGCUUCCAAUCCCUGCGUCGCUUGUGCCCUUUUUAUGUGGUUCGUUGGCAGGGGUCACCUCAUGGGCCUUGAUAUACCCUCUUGACGUCGUCAAGACCAAAGUGCAGCAGCGUUCCCUAGCAGGCGAGCGCCCGCGAGGCGUUUUUGAGACUUGCCAUCGACUGAUUCGAGGCAAGCCCAUUCCUCAAACUCCUACACCUCCCAUCUUGAAGGGCCUUGCGCGGGUUUAUCAGGGUCUUGGCGUGAGCGCGCUGCGAAGCGUGACGACACACGGGCUCCUCUGGACGUUCUUCGACCUCACCGCGUCGUACAUCGACGCCCUGCCCGGGGAUGGAGACCGCGACGAUGAAAGAAUCUAG